CGACAAUAGCAGAAAAAACAUCGAUUGUGGGUAAAAUUUUAAAACAUCGAUGGUGGCAUCGCUUGUUACCCAGCUCUAUUUACUCGUAUCAUUUCAUCCCUAAUCGCGUUCGCCACAAAUUGCUGAUUUUUCACAAUUGCAGGUUAAAAUCUAGAUAUUAAUAUUAAUAUGUAUUUUUGGGCUUUUCCAAACAAUUAAUAACUUUCAUUGUGCUUAAGGUGUGUGCACAAAUUAUACUUUGGCAAUUUUGUUAUUUUCAUAUACUUAUAUCGCAGUAAACCUCUACAGUAUAGAGGCACAAACAAUUGAUAAUGGAGUCGAUGGAAACAUCAGCUUCGGGUAAUGAAUCUGAAACUCCGACGGAUGCACCCUCUUUAAUGGAGACGGAUGAACCCAAUGAGACUCCAGCGUCCGUGGGUGCCGGCGCUGCGAAUGAACCAGCUACCGUUAAUACGGAUGCUAAUAAUGAGAAUACGGCCGGCACUGAACCCCGAGCUACUCAACCCGAAGAGUCAAAUGAAAAUGGCAACGUUAACGAAAAUUCAAACAUAAAUGGACAACCUAGCGACCAGCAUAAUGGUGUUUCAUCAAGCACCGACAUGCCACCGCCGCUUCCGUCUUCAGCUGGUAAUGCACCAUCAGGAGAAAACGAAGCACCAACACCAACUACUGCAGGGCCACCCAUAGAUGAGGAAGAUGCCAAAUGGCAUACGGUGGGAAUCUACACUGGACUUAAUGCAACGGUAUCAUCGUUCAUAGACAAUACCAUUUGGUCAUCUUCCGGUUUGAAACUGACGUCUAAAAACUUGCCAGAUCUUUCAACAAUUCAACGCGUUUGUCUUGAGCCAGGCACUGCUUACCGUUUCCGCUUGCGCGCCAUAAACACUGUCGGCACCAGUGAUUGGAGUGAGAUAUCAAGUUUUAAAACCUGUUUACCGGGUUUUCCUGGUGCACCGUCUGCUAUUAAAAUAUCAAAAUCAUCUGAAGGUGCCCAUCUCACCUGGGAACCACCACCGAGCUGUGUGAAUUCAAAUGAAAUUAUCGAAUAUUCAGUUUACUUGGCAGUUAGGCCGGUCAAAGACAAAGAUGGCAGGCCAAUAGGUGCGGGUGCACGUCUGCCCGCACAACUCGCUUUCGUACGUGUAUAUGUUGGUGCAGCUAAUCAAUGUACUGUAGCCCAUACUUCAUUGGCGACGGCACACGUCGAUUGUUCCAACAAGCCGGCUAUUAUCUUUCGGAUAGCAGCGCGAAAUGACAAAGGAUACGGUCCGGCCACACAAGUAAGGUGGCUACAGGAUCCCGUACAGAGUGGCACAUCACCCGGUGCUGGUUUGACGGGUGGAACAGGCAGUAUACAAUCGCCGACACGUAUUAAGCCAGAAUUGGGAAAUGCCUCGCCAAAUAAACGUUUUAAGGGGAGUGCAGGAGCUGGGGGCGGCGGGCGAACUAUACUUCCAUAGGUUGGAAGAUAACUGAAGAUUUUUGUAGGUAUUCAUUUGAACUUGAAAACGCUGAUCCGACAAGGGCAUUUUUAAAUUGCAAUGAAAUUAUAAAUGCAUACAUUAGCAUUUAGUUUAUAAGUCAUAAUAUUAACAUAAUUACAAAAAGUAAAUUGUUCAUCUAUAAAUGAAAUCCAUAAAUUAAGACAAAUAACCACAAUCAGUUGAAUAAAAAAAGAAAUAACAAAGUUUAGUAGGGCCAACACAAAGGCGUUUCAGACAGCUUUCACAUUAAACUUCCGGAGAUUUUCUGUAAACAUUAAAAAAAUAAUCCACUUUAUGUACGAAUGUAAUCGAAAAGUUCUAUAAAUAAACUAAAUUUUGAAAAAACAAAAAAUGCAGUUGCAUGAAAGAAACGUACAUAAUCAGGGCUACCACAGAAUCCAUCGUACUCCGAUUUUUCGCAAAAUCUACGAAAAUGAAAUUGAAUUCGAGUAGCUACGAGCGUAACGUACACUUUUAAUACAUACAUACGUUCGUAGCAAAUCGGAUUCUGUAAUAACAUUUACGCAGUUUUCACGAAAAAUAGGACUAGGAUAGAUUCUGUGAUAGCCACCAAAAGUUCUAAAAUUAUGUAUAAAUAAGGAUUACAUUUUUCAAAACUUCAAAAAUAAAAACAAAAUC